AUGGAUGUACGCUCGCUUUGUUCUCUCCAGUGCUUCGGCCGGAAGAAGACGGCCGUGGCUGUGGCACUCGUUCGCACAGGCAGUGGCCAGGUUCGGCUGAACGGUUGCCCUCUGCACACGGUGAAGCCUGACAUUCUACGAGUCAAGGUAUACGAGCCUCUUCUACUCUUAGGGAAGGACCGCUGCAGCAAGGUUGACAUCCGCUUGCGAGUCAAGGGCGGUGGCUUCACUGGUCAAAUCUACGCUCUUCGUCAGGCCGUAGCGAAGGGCAUUGUUGCCUACUAUCAGAAGUACAUCGAUGAGGCAUCGAAGAAGGAAAUCAAGGACAUUCUGAUGGCCUACGAUCGUUCCUUGAUAGUCGCAGAUCCGCGCCGUUGUGAGCCGAAGAAGUUUGGAGGACGCUCUGCACGUGCUCGUUUCCAGAAGUCGUACCGAUGA